AACCUUCUAUUCCCAUUUCACAAGUUUAAACACCCCUUUUCAAAGUAAGGGCAAUGUGACCUACCACCAUCUGUCUCCACACAAAAAAUGGAGACAUUCUGACUCCACCUCAUCUCACGGCAAGAAUGUGGUAGGCGGGGGCUGUGGCGCAAGUGGCAAACUUUGGGAAUGAUGGUAGAGGCUGCACUGGAUCGCAACUGAGGCAACUACCGUUGCUGAACGGCCUGGAAUUACAUUUCCAUUUUAUUUCCAGAAAACCACAGAAGCCAUAGUCUUUGGGUCCAACAGUGUCUGCGCGACAGCACGGCCUCAGCUAAUUUUAAGCCAUGUCAGAGGACCUGAGCUCCCAACCCUGGUCCAUCAACAAGGAUGAUUACGAGCUACAGGAGGUGAUUGGGAGCGGAGCCACCGCCGUGGUCCAAGCCGCCUACUGUGUGCCCAGGAAGGAGAAGGUGGCCAUCAAACGCAUCAACCUGGAAAAAUGUCAGACCAGCAUGGAUGAACUCCUGAAAGAGAUUCAGGCCAUGAGCCAGUGCCACCACCCCAACAUUGUCUCCUACUACACCUCGUUUGUGGUGAAGGAUGAGCUCUGGCUGGUGAUGGAACUCCUCAGCGGUGGCUCAAUGCUGGACGUGAUUAAGCACAUCAUCUCUCGGGGGGAGCAUAAAACUGGGGUGCUGGAUGAAGCCAGCAUCGCCACCAUGCUCAAGGAGGUGCUGCAGGGACUGGAGUAUCUGCACAGAAACGGACAGAUCCACCGGGACCUGAAGGCUGGAAACAUCCUGCUCGGGGAAGAUGGCUCAGUGCAGAUCGCAGACUUCGGUGUUAGUGCCUUCCUAGCCACAGGUGGUGACAUCACCAGGAACAAAGUGCGGAAGACAUUUGUGGGGACGCCAUGUUGGAUGGCCCCAGAGGUGAUGGAGCAGGUGAAGGGCUACGACUUCAAGGCUGACAUCUGGAGUUUUGGAAUUACGGCCAUAGAGUUGGCAACAGGAGCCGCCCCCUACCACAAGUACCCCCCUAUGAAGGUGCUGAUGCUGACCCUGCAGAAUGACCCUCCUGGCCUUGAGACAGGCAUCACAGAUAAAGAGAUGGUCAAGAAGUAUGGCAAGUCCUUCAGGAAGAUGAUCUCUCUCUGUCUGCAGAAGGACCCAGAGAAAAGGCCAACCUCAUCAGAACUCUUAAAGCAUAAAUUCUUCACGAAAGCAAAGAACAGUGAAUAUUUACAGGAGAGGCUACUACAGAGAGCGCCAACAAUAACAGAGAGAUCGAAAAAGGUGAGGCGAGUGCCUGGCUCAAGUGGCCGACUCCAUAAGACAGAGGACGGGGAGUGGGAGUGGAGUGACGACGAGCUGGAUGAGGAGAGUGAAGAGGGCAAAGCCGCUGUCGCCGCUCUACGGUCACCCAGAGUAAAGGAAGGAUCUCAGAAUUCAGAGAUUUUCGCAACGUCAGACACCUCGAGCGCUCGCCUUGCGGCCCCAGGCCAAGCAGAACUACCUCAGGCUGCCCCGGCGCAGACCGGCCCAGCUAACGCCCAACCCGCUGCCCAGGCUCCUGCUCCAGCAGCGCCCUCGCAAGGCCCCCCUCCUGCUGCUGCUGCUGCCGCUCCCGCUGCUGUUGCGCCCGGCCAGGCCCCUGCUGCUCCUACGGAUGCCACUAGGCCCAUCAGCUUGGUAUUAAGGUUGAGAAACUCGAAGAAGGAAUUGAAUGACAUUCGAUUUGAGUUUGUGCCUGGCAGAGACACGGCAGAUGGAGUGUCUCAGGAGCUGGUGACGGCUGGACUGGUUGAUGGAAGAGACUUAGUCAUUGUCGCUGCUAAUUUGCAGAAAAUUGUUGACGAGCCUCAAACCAAUAAAAAUGUCACUUUCAAGCUGGCUUCUGGUGUGGAGGUUUCCGAGAUCCCUGAUGAUGUCAAGCUCAUGGGAUUUGCUCAGCUCAGCAUCAGCUAAACUUAAAGAAAAAAAACAAAGAAAGUGGGACCGUGACUUGCCUAAAAAAUGUGAAAAAAGACAAAAAACAACCAAACAAACUAUAGAAUGACAAAUUGAUGCAUUUUUGUGGAUGGCCCUAAAGAAACCACUGCUGCCAAAGAGAAAAGACCCAUUUCGUCAGUCAGUCAGUCCCAUAGGACAUAACCAUUUCACUCUGCUUCAUCAAGUGGUGGAAGAAGGUGAUGGCGUAUAUCAGAAUCCAAAACCCAUAGGAAGCACACAAAAGUUUACAGCGUAUGUGUAGAAGGAUGCAAUUCUCAAUACCAACCAGAUAUAUUCUAUUAUGUUAUGUUGUCUUUUUUCCUUUUUUCUCUCCAUCAUCCUUUCUUUUUUUCUGUAACGUGGUACAUUUUGCACAAUCUAAACUAAAGCCCUAAAGUCCUGGUAAAAAGAAAUGUAAUAAUGCCUUAUUCUUCAACAAAACUACUGAAUGCAUGUAUAGGGAUGUUCCUGUUUCGCCCUGAUGAAUUGUGGAGCUUACGAAUUUCUUGACAUGAGCGAAUGUGGUUUCAAUUACUGAAAGUCAAACUUUUAACUCUUAGUACCCUCUUUGUGUGCAAACCAGAGGGGGUCAACCACACAAAACCAACAGAGCAUCCUAUCAGUUUUAUCAAAUCUUCAGUGCAUAGAGUCGCCAAUCAAGUCGACACAACCACAAAUACGAACAGUCCCCUAACCAACCAGUGCAAGGGAACUUCAGUGUUGCAGUUUAGUCGGUCAGUAAAAGUCACUUGGUGAAUGCCUAGUCAGUUCUGUUGGCUUGGUUGUGGAUACCCCACACAAACACACACGCACACACACUCAUCCAGUUGACUCUAGGAUGGAUCUGGCUAUGAUCUGGCACCGACAUGGCAGUUAUGGCAUCAGACGAGGGUCAGAUCUGGGCCAGAUCUGUUUAGGAGUCGGCUGUCUUGUGGGUUAUCACUGCUGUAGCUCACUCAACUGCUAAUGUAGCACAGUAUGGACAUGUUGCGCUGCGCUGCCUGAGCUCGGUGAACGGUUAGCUGUUAGCUGGACUUAGUGUGUAGAUUACAGUAGGCUAUGCUUUUUUUUUGUUUUGUUUUUUGCAAUAUUAGGAACCGAUUGUUAGCGGUAACAUUAGUUUAUAUCUUGAAGGACUCAGUAACUUGACUGGAUGGUAAACUAAUGAAUCCAGAAGUUUAGUGAUUUACAAAACCAGAAUAUCUCAGCUGGGUGAUUUUUUUUUUAUUUUUUUUAUUUUUUUUUUAUUAAUCAACUACAAAUAGUUCAGUGGGUGAUGAUUUACAGCAGAUUGAGUUAUAGCUUCAUGUCAAGUGUCAUAGCGUAGCCUGCACGUAGUUUAGCUAAAUGGACUCACACACACACAGAUACACACACAGCCAGAUCAGAUACUUUUCCACACACUUUCUCAAAAAACAUUUCCGUAGUCUUAACUAUACUCGCAGCUUGAUCUCCGUAAGUAGCUUUUUGGGGUUCGUUUUUUUAGUGCUCUUGCGACGCCGUCAGUGGAUUUCCUUAGUUCUCACAGUGAUCUAUUUAAAGCUAUGUAAAUCAAACAAAAAAAAAAAGUUUUUCAGCUAAGUAACUGAAGCCACAGGUGUUGUGUAUGAUGAAAACAAUUGUGUGUUUGUAUGUUGGUGUCAGCUGUGUCUUUUGGAAUCAUUUUUUUUCUUUCAUAUGCGUUAGGAAGAAAAAAAAUUGUGAGUGCAUUUGCUCAAAUGGGUGAAGCAGAUUUGAUUUAACCUCUUUAGUAUGUACAUAAUGAGACUUCUGUUUUGAUUUGUUUUUAUACUGCGUGUUUCACUCUUGGCCUUCGUGUCCUUUAGAGGGGAAGAGGAUGGUAGUGUUUGUUUGAAGGUGCCUUUAAAAGGACACCAUGCAAGUUUGAGGUUCUGUCUUUUUUUUUUUUUUUUCUUCAAUUUCUUCUGCCUUUGAUAAGAUUUGUCAUCAUAAGCAGGUCUAAUCUAAAUGAAAAUGAUCAGCAUUUAGGAGUCUGUCUGCCUUUUUCAGCCAAUAACAGCAUUUUCAGUUGUAGAACUUGCUGGAUUGAAGAAGGGCUUCUCUCUCUCUUAAUGUACUGAGUCAAGCAACAUGUAUGUGUGUGUGAGGGGCUCUCUGUUAAAAUGCCCCAUAUUAUGCACAGUGUAUUUUGCUCUGCCCUCCUACCCUCUUAGAGUAGGAGGGGCUGGGUUUUUGUCAGUUUUGAUUUCUUUGCUACACAGGUUCCCCAAAGGUGCCAGUCACAACACACACCCAAAAUGAUUCUCAAAUACGCUCCAAUACGAGUGCUUGCAAUGCCUCCUUGGCCCUCCCAGAAGAAAGGUCCUGUUCUGGUAACACACCAAACCUCACCUAUCCCCACGCUCAAACUUGUUUCUUCGUGUCACAUGAAUAUCCAGUGAUGCCAGCUCGGCCUGUUGGGAAAUCAUAUACCAACUUACUACCCUGAUGUAACAUCAUUAGCUUCCAGAACAAGAUUAUCUUCAGAGAAUGUGCUUUGCUUGACAUAUUUGCGUAGGAGUGAGCACUUCAACAGAGCCAAACAUGUAUGGGGUUUUGUUUAAUUUUGACUGGAACUGGUUUGACCAAACUCCAAAUUUAGGACAGCGAUACAAAGUAUGUCAUCACUUCAGUGCCAUCGAUUUUUUUUCUGUGUUGCCACAGGUUGAUAAAAGCGCAUUGAACAUUGUAUUCAACAAUUAAGUUUUUUUAUGUUUGUUUUGCUGUGUCUUCACAUAUCUGUCAGCUUGUCACUUGUGCUGAAUUGUAUCUUAAGUGCAUAACCAGUACUAUCUGUACUGUAGUAUUGGGGACAGACUCCCUUCACACAUUCAUUUGUUGUAGGCAAUAACUCAGAACUGUAAAAUAUUGAAAUUUCAUUUAUUUUUAUUUUCACUUUGACUCAUUCUUAAAUCUGCUCCUUUUUGUUGGUUUUGAACUUCCAAGCAUGUUUCUGAUUAUUUUUAAUCAAUAAAGAAUGAACAUAUCAGCUGUUA